CUCCGCGAUGCAGGUAAGAGCCCCUCGGCAUAGACAGGGCCUCUGCGCCCCCCACCCACCCCGCCCCAGGUAAGAGCCCCUCCCCUCCUAGGUGACCCUCCACCUUCAGUGAGGGCCUCUGCCUCUUCCAGGUGAGGGACCCUCUCCCCAGGUGAACUCGCUUGUACCUCAAGUGGAGCUGCUAACCCCCACCCUGCCCCGCCCCGCCCUUGGCAGUUCAGGUGAGGUCCUAAGGACCCUCCAGCUCCUAACCCCUCCAUACUCCCCCUAAAUGAGAACUGACAGCUCAUCCAAGCCAGAGCCCCUUCCUCCAGCUUCAACGGCCAGGUCCGCAGGGGUGAGGCCGGAAUUAGAUGCGUGACUCACCUCAGGCUUCUCCAAGCCUCAGUUUCCCCGUGAUGCAACUUGAGGCCUCCUCAGUGAGUCAAAACUGAGCCGGUUCCGGCCCCUGGAGAAGCUGCUGCCUCUGGGGAGAGGAGACAGCAGCCAAGUGUGACGGAGAGAGUCCCCAUGGCCCUGGGUGUGCCCGCGUAUGUGUGGCCCUGGUCCUGACAGCCCACUCCCUCCCCGGCAGGCACUGGGCUCCCUCUGCUCCCCGUGGGCCGCUCCCCGGGUGGGGCCACUGCCCCCGGCCCCCGCCAUGGUGCGUAUUUCAAAGCCCAAGACGUUUCAGGCCUACUUGGAUGAUUGUCACCGGAGGUAUAGCUGUGCCCACUGCCGCGCUCACCUGGCCAACCACGACGACCUCAUCUCCAAGUCCUUCCAGGGCAGUCAGGGGCGUGCCUACCUCUUCAACUCUGUGUUGGAAGCUGAUGUGAUCGCCCUUCUCUUGGAUGCUAAGAACAGACACAGUUGGAUACAAGCUAGCGGGGGGCUUUGUGAUGGCGGGACCCUCCCUGGGACUGCCCCCAUGUCCCUGCAGGGUGAACGUGGGCUGCGGGCCAGCCGAGGAACGGGUACUGCUGACAGGCCUCCAUGCUGUGGCUGACAUCCACUGCGAGAACUGCAAGACGACUUUGGGCUGGAAAUAUAUCCUCGGCCACCGGCUUCCAUUGUCAUUCAGAGGUUCAGAGAAGUUGCCCCAGACCCCACAGUGACAUGGAACUUGGGUCCAUGAGCUUCCUUUUCACUGCCCUCAUGGCCACAGCUGCUAUCUGGGGUCUGAUUUCACUACCUGAGUCUCAUUUCCUUAUCUGGCUGUGGAGGAUGAAGCCACCACCUGGCACCCAAAAUUGUCAUGGGGAUCAGAUUAGAUGCAGCAAAAAAAGAUGCUCUUGGGAAACUGUAGGGGACAUGGUUGGUUCCUCAGGCUUCACUUGGAGUUUUGGUGCCUCUGAGAGGUGGAUGCCCCCAGCAGAGGCAGGCAUCCUGCCCUCAUGUGAGUUCACCCCUGGCCUUGCCACAGAUUUGUGCUUUGUGUCCCCGGACAGGUGGCUCAGCCUCUCUGGACCUCUGUAAAAUAAAGAGAUGGCCUAAUCCAGAUGUCAAAAACUCAGGGGUUUGCAGGGCCAAGCGCAUACUGUGGGUCUGCAAAAGAGGCACCAUAGAUCUGGGGUAGUGGGGGAGGAGGGUCUGUAGCAAACUGGUGUAAGCAUGGCCUGCCUAUAUCCUAGUAUUUUUAAGUUAUUUUUACUAAACUCUCUGAUGGCCAAAUAAAACACCUGCAUAGGCCAAAAUUGCCCUUCAGGCUACCAGUUUGUAAUCCCCGGAUCUUUUAGAAACUUCCAUAUCCUCUCUGUUGGAGCCAACAUUAGUACUUAAAAAGUACCGGUGAUUCAGAGAGCUCUGUCUGUCCCAUUAGUGAGAAACCUGGCUCUGUCAUUUACCAGCUGUGUGUCUUGUGGGCAGGUGGUUUGGCUUCUCUGCAUGACAGUUUCCUUAUAUGUAAAAUGGGGCCAGUCAUAUCUAUUCCCCAACCCGAUCCCUUUUGGUAAAGCCCUUGCUCCAGAGAUGCCGUCCUCUCCCCUCU